UCCCUUUUGUAUAUAUUCGUGUUUACCUCWAUUUUUGGUUAUGUUUUUCAGAAKGUCCUUCCACUAUUAUAMACACGGCUAAGAGCAAUGUGGUCCAUUUCUUGGAUGUUUGCACUUGAAUCAAGUGUCAUCGUAGCGGGAAACAUAAUCACCAUCGUGAUAUUCACAACUACUCCUCGUCUGCGACGUCGACAGUAUGUACUCAUGAUCAGCCUGGCUGUAGCUGAUCUACUUGUAGGUUUGGUGUCCGUCCCUAUGCAUAUCGCAUAUGAAGAAGUUCCCCAUCUUAAGAUGAAUACGACAUAUGUUCUGACUUAUUUAUUUGGGGAUCUUCUUUUUGGAUCAGCAUCUUUGAUUUUCUUGGCAUUGCUGGCCAUCGAACGAGCACAUGCAACAUACUUUCCGUUCAAACACAAUACACUGGGCAAAGUCCCUUAUAUUAUAGGGAUUACAKUAGCAUGGUUGCUUGCUGUCCUCUCAGGGUUGUCAUCAUAUCUGACCACUGCUAGUGCCUUGUAUUAUCUUAUCACWAAGGUAGCCAGCAUAACCGUUUUAUUAUUGGUCAUUUGUGGUUCAUAUCUAUUCMUCUUUGUAAAAGUCCGUUGCUGCGGAAUGACCUUGACCUUGAACCAAGAGAUUAACCAAGAGAAUAAGAAACUGACAACGACCCUUGCAAUUGUAACUAUCAUCAGCUUGGCCACAUGGAUCCCUUACAAUGUUACAGUCGCAUAUAUAGCAAUUUAUCCUAAAUUGUUGAAAUCCCCAGCUUUCUUGAUGACUAGAAACAUCUGCAAAGUGCCUCMUUAUGCCAACUCACUUGCCAAUUUCUUUGUGUAUGCAUUGCGCAUGCGUGAUUUCAGAUCGGAAUUGAUGCGAAAAUUUGGGUGCUCAAAGAAACGAAUCUUCCCGGUCGGAGGAACUGAAAUGGAGAAGAGCUUAAAAAGGAAUUGUAGCAAUGUCCAAAAUCAAAAUACUAAGCCUAGUCACGGCGGUCCAGGUCCAUGAAAGAUGAAAUAACCCCAUCUGCAACAYUUUGAUUCUGAUGGCGAGAGGCACAAGUUACAUCCUUGUAGAUGACGAAAAAGGUUGAUUUUGUCGAYUUUUACUCUUUCAACGGUGGAAUUAAAACUUGCAAAGUAACAGUGUAUCUAUUAAUUACCUUGUAAAUAAUUUAUCAAGUGUAGAGGAGACAUUGUCACGGGGACAACUUAGCUGCUGCCAAGGUGAAAUAAGACUCUUAAAGACGCGAGUAGAAUUACGUCUAAAACUAGUAGUAGUUCGGUGUUAGUCAAAUAUAUCAAGAUUUCAAUUAAUAUUUGUUAGUAUUGUUUAUGAGGACUUGAACUAAAUAUUUCCAGCAUCUA